UACAGUCUUUAACAAGAUGUUUCAAUGGAAAAUUACUGUUAUAUGUCUCUUAUACAUUUGCAUAGGACAUUGUGUGAUAGAGAUAAGAGUUGAAGUGAAAGGUGUUUCAAAAAAGUUUGACCAUUUUUGGGAAAGUACAGGUUUAUGUCCACCUGAUCCUAAAGACAAAAUUUAUAAAUUUUUACUAAGUAAUGAAGAAAAAAUCAAUUUAGCAUUAAUAGGGGCUUUGCCUAAUCAAGGAAUAAAACAAGUACGAAUUCACUGGUUAUUCAAUUUAAUUUUUAUUGGUUCAAAGUCUAAUGAACAUAAUUUUACGUAUUUGGAUAAUUUACUGGAUUUUUUAACCGAUCAUGGGUUAAAACCAAGAUUUGAACUAAUGGGUUAUCCCGUGGAUUCAAACGAGUUUUUGUUAAAUUCGGUGCCUGGAAAACAAUUUUGGAGAGAUUUAGUUCAAAAAAUCGCAAGUAGAUACGUUGCACGGUUUGGUGUAAAUGAAGUUGCGAGUUGGAAGUUUGAGUUGUGGAACGAGCCCGACUUAAAAAACUACAAUAUUUUAAAGUUUACUCUUGAAGAGUAUUUGUCGUAUGUGGCGGGGUGCGCGGAAGGGUUAAGGGAUGCAUUUGAUGGUAGAGGCGUGUCAGCGAGUUUGGGAGGACCUGCGGGGUUAUUUAGAGAAGAAAACCACCCCCUGUGUUGGGGUCUUUUACAAGCCUGCUCUGCGAAUUCCCACUGCCCUAUACAAUUCAUUUCUUUUCACAGAAAGGGUGGCGGUACUGCCGAGGGAGUUUUAAAUGGAACUUUAGAGUUAUUGGAUUUGCUACACAAUAAGUUUCCCAAUCUUGCUGAAAUGCCAAUAGCAAAUGAUGAGUCGGACAUCAUAACCACUUGGUCCGAUAGCUGGGAGUGGCGAGGAGAUGCAAGAUAUGCAGCGAUGGUGGUGAAAGUAAUAGCCGAACACUAUAAAUCAUUGACUUUGUCUAGAAAAUUGAAAAUAGAAUUGUUAAGCUUCGAUAACGGCUUUCUAAAUUACCACCCAUUCUAUUUCACACAAAGAACCCUGUUUGCACGAUUUCAGAUGAAUCACACCGACCCCCCUCACAGCCAAUUUAUUAAAAAGCCGGUGUAUGUGGUGAUGGCUUUGUUGUCUCUUCUAGGCGACGAAUAUUUAGCCGGAGGAAUGAAUUCGAAUGAUUCAAUGUUAACAGUUUUGACUACCAGGACAUCAGAUAUUAAUCAAUCAAAUGUGGGAAUCCUUGUAGCGUAUGCCGACAGUGACGAGGUCAAUAUUGAAACUAUCAAAUCCGUCAGGCUUUGUAUUAAUAAUCUAUCGAUCGGCAGCAGAUUUGUUGUUUAUUUACUGGAUAAUAUCCUAACUAAUCCCUACAGAUUCUGGCAUAAGCUGGGAAGACCCGUUUUUCCGCCUAAAUUCCUGCGACAGCAGCUCAGAGAGCAGGAGGGUCCAUAUCGCCUAUUUGAGCCAACGAGCAUUUCAACAAAAACCUCAAUAUGGCUCUUAAUUUAACCGUCCCCAGCGUAGCAUUGAUACAUAUUUGUUCAAAAAUUUGUAUUCUGGCUAUAAUAUUUCUAAAAAUCUGUAAUUUGUGAAUUUAAUUUUUGGAUGCUGCGUUUUCAAAAAGACCGUACCAUUAUUCGGGUGGUUUUUUGAACCAUUGUUCUCAAAACUGCAAAUAAAGAUGUUGUAUCAAUCUUCUUUGGGUAGAUAUAACUCUUCAAAAAUCCAAAUUUAAUAUUAUUUUUUUGUGAAUUAGGGGAGGUAAUUUUGUGUUAAGAGAGACGGUUAAACACACUUAAAAUAUCUAAACUUACUUUAUUCUAUUUUUUUUAACUUUAAAAGAUUGUAACUACAUAUUUCUUUUAUUAUUAAAUAAAACUACCAGUCAACGUAAGAUUGCUAUUGAAAAAUUGUUAACAAAUAUUUUAAGUUCUGAUAUUGUAAAUAAGUGAGAUAAACUGAUGUCGUAAAUUUUUAUUCUUUCGAAAAUAUAUUGUUUGUAUUUUGUAUUUCAAAAAUUUAACCAACGUUUUGAGUGUUUACGCUACUAAACUUUGUUAAUUUGGUGACUCUACAAUAUUUAAAAAUCUGAUUUUAAAAGUUGUUUACUUGUUUAUUAUAUUAAUUGAAAUUUAAUAUGAGUUUUUACCCUCUUGAUUCGUCACCAUAUUGGCGUAUAAAUGGAAACGUAAAUUUUUCAGAUUCCGCUAUUGAAUGAAUUUAUUUUUCAUUAGGGUCCAUAUCGCCUAUUUGAGCCAACGAGCAUUUCAACAAAAAACCUCAAUAUCGCUCUUAAUUUAACCGUCCCCAGCGUAGCAUUGAUACAUAUUUGUUCAAAACCAUCAUCAAGUCCAGGCCCUGUGACAAAA